GUUACUACGUCCCAUUCAAGUCAAUUCUCGGACCAUAACAUUUCCCAAUUCGUACAACAUAUGCAUAUGUUGGAAACUUAGCCGUCAUCGACUGUCUGGCAAUAAAAGUUGACCUGGAUUCAAAGUCAGCUAAGAAUAAAACAAAAUGUCUAAGAGAAACAUGAUAAUUAUGAUCAGGAUACCAGAUUGAAUCUUAUCAUGGAAAGUUCAACUUCACUGCCGUCAUCCCCUGCAUUCAACAGGCCCAUGAAAAGACCAUCAUUUAUAAAACAUCUGCCUCCACUCGAUUCACCACAGCCUGCUUUCAGCGAUCGACCUAAGAUACUGCAAACCGGUACAAGAACAACUGCCGCUCCAGUGAAAGAAGAAAAGCAUUUCCGUCAUGUCAGUGAUUCCAUUGCAAACAACUACAGUCCUACUGCCCGGGAUCUAACAACUUCAUUGAUCUACGAUCGACUGAAAUUGGAACCAGAGCAACAAUUACGUGAGUACGAAAAGCAACACCCAGCAUCCAAGAGGUCGUUUGUCGAUGUAAAUUUACAAGAGGGACCUGGAAAAAAUACAAAAAAUAAUCGGCAAAUUUCAAACGGAAUAUUUACGUCUCCAACCCCUGCGAAGAAGCAACUUUUGCGUCAUCGAUCAGCAUACGUUCCCAGCCACGUUGCCACUCAUGGUUCAGUUGCAACGUACGACCUUCAAGGUCAUCCGAACCGUAUUCAGUAUGAAAGAGCGUUUUCGCCAAGUAGCCAAAUCCAUCUGCGAUCACCAUAUUUUCCAGAAUCUGGAAAACCCAGUAAAAUGUUGCAUUUUGAUCUGGAUGGCAAUGACAGAAAUAAAACAAACCAUAAUACCAAACAAGAUUGGGAUGGUAAACUUUCAACGUUCUCAGAGGAUUAUGAUGGACAAUCUUGGAGUCAUGAUAUUCUCCCAGAUGUGCGAGAAGGAUCUCGAACUGCAAUGUACCAUGCUGGAAAAAAUUAUGUCCGCUCUGGAUCAGCUCAUCCGCGAGGUGUCACGUCAGCGCUAGAUUCUACGACGUCAAUUUCAACUUUGGAAGAGAGAUUUUUCUCCCUUUCUCCGAGCGCAAAACGAGAAAGAACCCGUUUUCGUUCAGGCCGAUCGUCCGUUAUGAAUUUGCGAGAUAUAUCACCAAUUGAUUUAGCAGAACAUACGAGAGGACCGCAUCGUUCUCACUACAAAAAUCGUAAAAUAUCUGCGUCAGCCUCAAAUUCUCCCUAUUUGCAAAAUGGCCAUACCUCUCCGGCCUCGACACGAAGAAAGAAAGGUGACUUGAACGGACAGACCACAACCACAAGUGGCGUUAUGACGCAGGAAGAUAGAGAUAUUUCAAGUGCAAGUGAUAUUUAUUGUACCGAUGAAUCAUUUUCAACGCAUAGUCUGGACAAAAAUGAAACCGAACUUGAAGACUGUGACGGUCGAGCCCAUGAUGAGGCGACGCAAGCUGCGUUAGACGUAGUGUUCCCACCAUAUACGCAUUCGACGCAAGGACUAUCCAGACCAAGCACGCCGGAAGAAAAAGAACUGCCAAUGUAUUACAAGUUCAUGAAGAAUUCGAUAGAUAGUGGAAUGAUUGCUCAUUUAUCCACUGAAUGGAAACAAAAAAUACAAAACAAAGUAUAUCCAAAAUUGAUCGAAAACUGGCCAGAAGUUUAUGCUGAUAUCACACAGGAAAUUGGCGAUAUAUUCAGAGAAAGUCAGAAGAAAGCAGUUUUGGACUAUAUAUUACUUGAUCCUAAUGAACAAAUCCGGCUCGGUAUUUUAUUGCAACCAAAGUCAUCAAGUUCAGCUGGGAGGGUGAGAUACCCUUGGUACGAAUCGCUGCGACAAGCUAAGCAGAACAUGAUAGCUUUUUUGCAUAUAAACCACCCAGUGUGUGCCGCCAUUUUGACGAAUUGGCACGACAGAUAUCGUACCUUUCGUCUCAUUGACAUUCCGAAGAUCUAUGAAAUGAUGCCUCUUGAUCUUGAAAAUCUCGUAGAAGAAGUAACAAGAUCGAGCAUUAUGGGAUCGCAGUAUCUUGCACAACAGUGGGUGACGGAGUGUUCAAACAUUGCCGAACAAUACAAAGCUGAGAUUGAAGAAAUAUCGGACAAACAGUCCGAGGAGAUAUCACGAUCAGACGCAUUGAAUCGUUUUUUUAAUUGUGUUGGAUGCCUGAUGUCGAAUCUCCUACGGGAAGCAGUAAAAAUAUCAAUCCAUGACUUUGUCUACCUUAUGGAAAUAUACUCCGCCGGGAACAGAUAUGAAUCGUCAUAUGCCGCAAGUGGACUAGAAUAUCCAACUAAACCAAGACCUCUCAGAAUAUAUAUGGUGCCGGAUACAAAAGGUGUCGUCACUACUUUUUCACCAGAUUUCAAUGGAAUUAUUGCACAUCUUCACGAGGCAGUAGAUAUUAUCGUGGAGAGUGUUCAAAAGCUUCUUCGAAUCGAACACAAACUAUUUCAAGCGGUUGACGGAAAUCCAGAAACAUAUCUUUCAACUGUUAAAGUGGAUGAUGAAAUUGUUAUUGCUGCCAAGCAACGAAUUAGCGCUGUAGUUCUCAACAAUAGCCAUGGUCCAACACGAUAUCGAACUACAUAUGAACCUAUUUAUCACUACUUGCUCAAUGAAAACACGGAUAAGAAAGUAAAAAAUUUCCUUGGUAAGGAGCCCACUUUACGAUCGUAUAGAAAGGAGCUUGAAAAACUACUCAGCAUGUCAAGAAGUAUUAGUGUGUUACCGGUCUACAUACCUAUGAAUCUUUUUCUCAUCGAUUGCGUUGGAUUAAACCAGUGGCUUUCGGAUCGGUCGGCUAUGUUGCAUAAAUUGAUGGUAGAUCACGUCGAAGGAAUAUCCCGAUUUUACAACAGAGAAAUAUGCACAGAAUAUGACCAAAUUGUAGGGAAAAUAACAUCUCAUGUUGAAUUAACUUCUGAUCUAGUAGAGUUGCAAGAAUAUUUAGAAGGUCUGCCUUCAGGACAACUUUUGAAACUUCGUGAUAUGUUAGAACUUGCCGCCAAGAACUUGAUGUUUUUGAUGGAAUAUUCUGAUUUAUCGCACAGUGAUGUUUUAUUAAAUUCAAACACGUUCUCGUGGCCAGAUAGAAUCAUACCGAUCAUAAGAACAAGUGAAAAGCGUCUGCAGAAAGAGCAUGACAUGAAAAUAAAUCGACUUAAAUCAAGACAGCGAACAUUAGAGAAGCGAUUAGAAGAAACUGAAAGUGCGCUAAAGGAAUUUCAAAAGAAGGAGAAAAUGGCGGAAGCUCAAAGAUAUUUAGAUACUCUGAAUGAAAUCCAAUCAACUAUAAAUGGGUUCAUGGAAGAGAAACAACAGGUCAAUCGAGAAGAAGUUUUGCUCAGUACAGGUCAAGUUACACAAUAUCCACAAAUUCAAGAACUACUAUCCAGAAAAGAACCGUUUGAUAAACUUUGGAGAACAGCGGUCGAUUUCUACUCAAAAUAUGACCAGUGGAUGAACGGUCCUUUAUUAAAAGUUAAUGCAGAGAUAGUUGAAGAGGAGGUUCAAAGGUUGUGGAAAACCAGCUACAAGUUGUCCAGAAGAUUUCAACAUCCCGAUUUACUGGGACCUCUAAAGGCAGCAGCGACAAUAAAAACAAAACUCGAAAAAUUCCGGCUGAAUAUGCCAGUGAUCAGCGCUUUGUGCAAUCCUGGAAUAAAGACACGGCAUUGGGAUUUAAUGUCAGAACAGGCGGGUUUUUCAAUAACACCAAAGGAAGAUACUGCUUUGUCAGGCAUGCUCGGGAUGGGACUUGAGAAGCAUCUGGAAAAUUUGACUCACAUAAGCAAUCAGGCGAGAAAAGAGUAUGCUCUAGAAAAGGCACUUACUAAAAUGAAAGAAGACUGGAAGAAUGUCGACUUCGGCCUUGUUCCGUAUCGGGAUCUUGAUAUAUCAGUCUUAUCUGCAGUAGAAGACAUUCAGCUUCUGCUUGAUGAUCAUGUAGUGAAAACUCAUACAAUGAAGGGAUCUCCGUUUAUCGAACCUUUCAGACAAGAAAUACAAGAGUGGGAAGAAAAACUGGAAAGAGCACGAAGCAUAAUUGAAAGUUGGCUUGUGGUUCAAGCAGCUUGGUUAUAUCUAGAACCUAUUUUUGGCUCCGAGGAUAUCAGACAUCAAAUUCCAUUGCAAGGAAAGCUUUUCACACAGGUUGAUGCCAAAUAUAAAAAUAUAAUGGCGAGAGCAUCAACAAACCCGAAUGUUAUGGUUGUCUUGAACCAUCCAUCUAUGUUGGAAGAUCUAAAAGAGUCUGAAGCCCUGUUGGAAGAUAUCCAGAAAGGUCUCAAUCUAUAUCUUGAGAAAAAAAGACUUUUCUUUCCAAGGUUCUUCUUUUUAUCAAACGACGAAUUACUGGAAAUCUUAUCUGAAACAAAAGAUCCUCUCCGUGUUCAGCCACAUCUCAAGAAAUGUUUUGAAGGAAUCGCAAGACUUGCUUUUACAAAAGACAAAAACAUUAUUGCAAUGCAAAGUGCAGAAGACGAACAAGUUGAUUUUGUAACAGAGAUUAGACCUUCUGAUGCAGGGGGACUUGUUGAACGAUGGUUAUGGGAGGUGGAAAAGAGUAUGAAAGGAAGCAUCAAGGAUGUUACCGAAAAAGCUAUUAAAGCGUAUACUGGAACACCUUUUAGAAAAUGGUGUUUGCAGUGGCCCGGACAGGUCAUCCUUGCCGUAAGCAACGUUUAUUGGACAUCCGAAGUUACUCAGGCAAUCGGGACAAAAAACGGCCUCCAGGAAUAUUUGAAAGUUUGUGAUUCUCAUAUUGAUGACAUUAUUCAUCUUGUACGCGGAAAACUGACUACAAUGGCAAGAGUUACUCUAGGAGCUCUUGUAACGAUUGAUGUUCACGCACGUGAUGUGGUAUCACAACUUGACGACAAAGGCGUUAGCGACGUUCGAGAUUUCCAAUGGAUUUCUCAAAUGAGAUAUUAUUGGGAAGAACGUAUGAUCAAUGUUCGAAUGAUAUCAACAACUGUAACUUACGGAUAUGAAUAUCUUGGCAACACAACAAGAUUAGUCAUCACUCCUCUCACUGAAAGAUGCUAUCGAACCCUAAUGGGAGCUUUACAACUGAAUCUUGGUGGCGCACCUGAGGGCCCCGCUGGUACUGGAAAAACAGAAACAUGUAAGGAUUUAGCUAAAGCUGUAGCUAAGCAAUGCGUCGUCUUCAAUUGUUCUGAUGGAUUAGAUUACAAAGCUAUGGGGAAAUUUUUCAAAGGAUUGGCGCAAUCUGGCGCUUGGGCUUGCUUCGACGAAUUCAAUAGGAUAGAUUUGGAGGUACUAUCCGUAGUCGCUCAACAGAUACAAACCAUACAACGAGCUGUUGCAGAUCAGGCUAAAACGUUUGUAUUUGAAGGAACAGAAAUAUCGCUCGAUCCCUCAUGCACUAUAUUCAUUACGAUGAAUCCCGGAUAUGCAGGUCGAGCCGAGCUACCUGACAAUCUGAAAGUUCUUUUCCGGACCGUUGCAAUGAUGAUACCGGACUAUGCUCUGAUAGCUGAAAUCAGUUUAUAUUCGAUGGGAUUUGUCCAAGCGAGAAGCCUUGCAGUAAAGAUUGCAGCAACAUAUAGGUUAUGCUCGGAACAGCUGUCAUCCCAACAUCAUUAUGAUUACGGAAUGAGAGCAGUGAAAUCCGUUCUUACUGCUGCAGGAAACUUGAAAUUGAAAUUUCCCGAACAGCCGGAAGAUGAACUUAUGCUUCGAGCUGUUACUGAUGUCAACUUACCCAAAUUCUUAUCGCACGAUAUCCCGUUAUUUCAAGGAAUCAUAUCCGACUUGUUCCCGGGAGUUAGUCUGCCUCAACCAGAUCACGGUGUGUUAGAAAAAGCGAUUCUGUCGAAUAUUGCAAGAAUGCAACUCCAGCCGGUUCCUUGGUUUAUUGACAAAAUUAUUCAGUUAUAUGAGAUGUUAAUGGUGAGACAUGGAUUUAUGAUUGUUGGUGAAGCAGUUGGAGGGAAAACAAGAGCUUACAAUAUUCUCGCGGCGGCUCUCGGGGAAAUAUCUGUAUUGGAAGAAAUGCAGGAAAAUGCGGUUCGCUACAGAGUCAUUAACCCUAAAGCAGUUACAAUGGCUCAAUUGUAUGGAAGUUUUGAUCUCGUGUCGCAUGAAUGGUCAGACGGAAUUCUUGCAAAUACGUUUAGAGAACAUGCAACGAGUACAAGCAAUGAAAGAAAAUGGUUGAUAUUUGAUGGUCCAGUGGACGCUGUUUGGGUUGAAAAUUUGAACACUGUUUUAGACGACAACAGAAAGCUGUGUCUCAUGAGUGGCGAGAUAAUUGCAAUGAACAAUAAACAAAACAUUAUUUUCGAAGUACAAGAUCUUGAACAAGCAUCACCAGCCACUGUUAGCAGAUGUGGAAUGGUGUACAUGGAUCCUAAAGAGCUUGGCACAGAAGUACUAAUAACAUCAUGGCUGCAGACUUCUCUACCUGAGGUAUUGACGAAGCAACAAAAAGAUAGCCUGCGAUUACUCUUUCAGUGGCUGGUUCCUCCAUGCAUUCAAUAUGUCCAAAAGCACUGUCACAAUAUUGUUCCUGUAUCGGAGAUGCACUUGACAUUAAAUUUGCUCAAGUUGUACGAUUGUAUGUUGAAAGAAAUCACCGACGAUAUUGGUCCUGGAGGAGGUAGCGAUGGAGAAAGCAUCACAACUUCUAUAACUGACGAUACGCAGAUUAGCAACAAAUUAUCCGCAUCAAACUUGAAGGCCAUAGAAGAACGUGGGAACAUGUUGAUUGCACACUUUCUUUUUGCUACAAUAUGGUCAAUUGCUGGAGUGAUAGAGGAAGAUUCAAGAGACAGAUUCAACGACUUUUUUCGUGAAAUGUUUGAGCAGAACCCGAUUAAGGGAAUUCAUGCACCACCGAAAGAAUUGAAGAUUCCGAGAAAUCUCCUGAUUCCCAAAAGAGGUAGCGUUUUCGAUUAUGUAUAUGUGAAGAAAACGUAUGGAUCUUGGCACAGAUGGGCUAACUUGACGAAAACCCCAGAUCUAUCGGAUGAUACUAAGCUGAGCAACGUGAUCAUAGAUACUGUGGACACAUAUCGACAGACUUACUUUUUACGAAAGUUUGUUGCAAGCGGCAAACCAUUGUUGCUGGUGGGACCGACUGGAACAGGAAAAACGGCGAUUACGAACAGUUUUUUACGAGAGUUGCCUAAGAAUGAAUUCGUAAUUACUAACGUCAGUUUUUCAGCAAAAACUAGCGCAACUCAGACUCAAGAUAUGAUAUUUUCAAAACUGGACAGACGAAGAAGGGGAGUGUACGGUCCAACACCAGGUCGGCGCAUGAUUGUAUUUGUCGACGAUUUAAACAUGCCAGCAAAAGAAAAAUACGGAGCUCAGCCACCGAUUGAAUUACUUCGACAGUGGAUAGAUCACGGGUAUUGGUUCGAUAAAAAGGACACCAGUAUGUUGCAUCUUGUGGAUGUAUCCAUGGUGGGGGCAAUGGCGCCACCAGGAGGUGGACGAAAUGACAUCACACCAAGAUUGAUCAGACAUUUCAAUGUUAUCACUAUUCAUGCUUUCAACGAUGAAACAAUGAAAACGAUAUUUCAACCCAUGAUCGACUGGCAUUUCAGCAGGGGCUUUGACAAUUCUUUGAGACGAUUUGGGCGAAUAAUAAUAUGGGCUACAACAGACGUUUAUACUCACGCUAUAUCAAAAUUCCUACCAACUCCUUCAAAAUCUCAUUAUGUUUUCAAUUUAAGGGACUACGCAAGAGUUAUACAGGGUGUUUUGCUUUUCCGAAGUGAAUGCUGUCCAUCAGGUACAGAAGGUGCAUUGAAAAUGGCUCGCGUGUGGAUUCAUGAAGUUUAUCGAGUAUUUUAUGAUCGACUGGUUGACGAUGAUGAUCGGCACACUUUCUUUGGUAUUGUGAAGACGGCUGCGACAAUACAUUUUAAAGAGAAGAUGACAAAUAUAUUUCAACAUAUGGUGGCAGAUCAAUCUGGACGUAAAGAAGUAUCAGAUCGAAACAUGAGAAGAUUGUUUUUCGGUGAUUACAUGUCGCCUAAAAUGGAAGAUGUCGUAGCAGAAAGAUUGUAUGACGAAAUUGUUGAUUUGGAAGAAAUGAGAGUGGCUAUAGAAAAGUAUCUGGAGGAUUAUAACACUAUAAGCAAAGCGCCCAUGGAUCUCGUGUUAUUUCAGUUUGCUAUUGAGCAUAUCAGUCGCAUAAGUAGAAUAUUGAAGCAACCUAGUGGUCAUGCGUUGCUGGUUGGCAUCGGAGGCAGUGGACGACAAUCUUCCGCUCGAGUAGCAGCGUUUAUGGGAGAUUAUGAAGUAUUUAGUGUGAAUGUAACCAAAUCAUAUUCUGUUCAUGAUUGGAGAUCUGACUUGAAAACAGUUAUGAGACGCUCUGGAGAAGAUCUUGUGCCGACUGUCUUUUUAUUUGGAGAUCAUCAGAUCAAGGACGAAUCAUUUUUGGAAGACAUUAAUAUGCUUCUGAAUUCUGGAGAUAUUCCAAACAUUUUUGAUAAUGAGGAAAGACUGGAAAUUAUUGAUAAAAUGCAACAGUUGGCACAGACUGAAAAUACCGCAAAAAUUGAAAUAAACCCGCUCAAUAUGUAUAACUUGUUUAUCGAAGGAAUCAGAAGAAAUUUGCACAUCGUUCUGGCUUUUAGUCCAGUAGGUGAUGCUUUCCGCACAAGAUUGAGGAAUUAUCCGUCGUUAAUAAACUGCUGCACAAUAGACUGGUUUCAAGCCUGGCCAGAGGAUGCUCUUGAGAUGGUGGCAAAUACGUUUUUGGAUGAAGUUGAAAUGAGCAAUGAUAUCAGACAACAGACAGUUAUCAUGUGCAAAAAAUUCCAUCAGAGUGUUAGACUCCUCUCAGAGAAGUUUUAUGAGUCUCUUCGCAGAAGAACCUACAUAACACCGACAUCCUAUCUGGAACUGAUAAAAACAUUCAAGAACCUAUUACAACGUAAUCGACUCGAUUUACUGGCAUUCAAAAACAGAUAUGUGGUUGGAUUAGAAAAGCUGGAAUUCGCGCAAUCUCAAAUUGGGAUCAUGCAGGAGGAGUUAACUGCAUUGCAACCACAGUUGGAGCAAAGUUCGAAGGAAGUGGAAGAGUUGGUCUCUCAGAUAAGUGCGGAAAGCGCAGAAGUCGAAGUUGUCAAACAAAAUGUAGAAGCUGAUGAAGCUGUUGCUGCAAAAGCUGCCGAAGAAGCUCGUAAAAUAAAGCAAGAAUGCGAAGAAAAAUUGGCCGUUGCUAUGCCAGCUUUGAAUGCUGCAGUGUCUGCUCUCAACACACUUCGUCAACAGGACAUUGCAUUGGUAAAGACAAUGACAAAUCCACCAGCUGGAGUCAAAUUAACAAUGGAGGCUAUUUGUGUUUUGAAAGGAAUAAAGCCAGAUCAUAAAACAGAUGGAAUGGGACGAGCGUACGAUGAUUAUUGGCCUGCAGCUAGAAAAAUGCUUGGUGAUAUGAAACUUUUAGACUCACUACGAGAAUUUGACAAAGACAACAUACCAACACCAGUAAUGAAGAAGAUUCGAGAACGCUUUAUUGAAGAUCCCAACUUCCGUCCAGAACUCAUAAAAAACGUUUCUUCCGCCUGUGAGGGUCUUUGUAGCUGGGUUCGGGCAGUAGAAGUUUAUGACAGGGUGGCAAAGGUGGUAGCGCCGAAACGAAAAAGUUUGGAAGCUGCAGAAAGCGAACUGGAGGUUCAAAUGACUGCAUUGGAGAAAAAAAGAGCUGAGCUUCAAUCAGUACGCGAAGAACUCGAAGUUCUAAAUCAAAAUCUAUUGGAGAAGUUAGCGGAAAAAGAAAGCCUCGAGAACAACAUUGAAUUGACGAAAGUAAAAUUAGUACGUGCUGAAAAGCUGAUUAGUGGAUUGGGUGGCGAAAAAACUAGAUGGACUGAAAUGACACAUUCUCUUGAGAGCACCUACUUUAAUAUCGUGGGUGACGUGCUACUUUCAUCGGGAAUCGUGGCGUAUCUUGCUCCAUUUACUCCUAAAUACAGACAAGAUAUUGUCAAUAAUUGGUUGGAAGAUUGCAGAAAUCAUGACAUUCCAGUUAGUAACGAUUUCACAUUAUCAAAAACGCUUGGAGAUCCCGUAAAAAUUUUGGAUUGGCAGUUGGCAGGUCUUCCAAAAGACGACUUUUCAGUUGAUAAUUCUAUAAUUGUUAUGAAUGCAAAUCGCUGGCCACUGAUGAUUGAUCCACAAGGCCAAGCAAGUAAAUGGAUCAAAAAUAUGGAGAAACCAAAUAACUUGAAAGUAUGCAAACUCACUGACGAUGAUUACGCGAGAACGCUGGAAAAUUGUAUUCAGUUCGGCAAUCCUAUCCUCAUAGAAAACGUCCAUGAACAACUAGAUCCACUUCUUGAGCCCUUGCUGCUUCAUCAAACGUUCAAGCAGAAUGGGAUGGAAUAUGUUAAACUAGGAGAAGCCACAAUCCAGUACAGUCAUGACUUCAAAUUGUACAUCAGCACAAGGUUACGAAAUCCACAUUAUAUGCCAGAAGUAUCUGUGAAGGUCACUUUAUUAAACUUCAUGAUCACACCAAGAGGACUUGAAGAUCAACUUUUGAGAUUAGUAGCUGCGAAAGAAAAGCCCGAGUUAGAAGAAAAGAAAAAUGUACUUAUUCUUGAAGGAGCGAAAAACAAAAGACAACUGAAAGACAUAGAAGAUAAGAUAUUGGAAGUACUCUCGUCAGCUCAAGGAAAUAUUUUGGAAGACGAGACAGCAAUCAGCAUUCUGUCUUCCAGUAGAAAAUUAUCGGAAGAAAUAACAGAAAAGCAAAAAAUAACAAGCAAAACUGAAACUGAGAUUGAUUUUACAAGAAAUGGAUAUAGACCUGUUGCAUCGCAUUCUUCUAUUUUAUUCUUCGUUAUCUCAGAUCUCGCGAAUAUUGAUCCUAUGUACCAGUACUCACUAAACUGGUUUAUCAAUCUAUAUUUGAACUCUAUCGAGAACAGUAGACCGUCCCAAGAUCUUCAACAACGAAUCAAUUACUUGAAAGAUCAUUUUACUCAGCAGAUCUACAGAAAUGUUUGUCGAUCUUUAUUUGAGAAAGACAAAUUGCUGUUUUCUUUUCUUCUCUGUAUUGGCAUCGCCCGAGGAAGAAAUGAGAUUAACGACGCCGAAUGGAAAUUUCUGCUUACCGGCGGGGUGGCACUUGACAAUCCAUUUCCAAACCCGGCCUCAGCGUGGCUGACUGAUAAAUCAUGGGCAGAACUUGUCCGUUGUAGUGAUUUGCAGGAAUUUAGUGGACUCAUGAACCACGUUCGUGCAAACGUGGAUAAAUGGCAAGCUUUGCAUGAUUCGAAUACCCCACAUUCCCAUGAGUUUCCUGGAGAAUGGAAUGAGUUGAAUAAACUACAAAAACUUGUAAUCGUGAGAUGUUUACGUCCGGACAAAGUCGUUCCUGCAGUCCAGGAUUACAUUGUUUCUGAAAUGGGAGCACAAUAUAUUGAACCCCCAACGUUUGAUCUUGAUGGUAGUUACCUCGAUUCGGAUGCAUCAACUCCACUCAUUUUUAUUUUAUCUCCAGGAGCAGAUCCAAUGGCAAGCUUAGUAAAAUUUGCUGAGGAAAAAGGAAUUAUUGAGCCUAUUGGCAGCACUCACGCUUCGAGCACGCCAAUAACACCUAAAACGCCAACAUCUCGUAGAUCUUCAAUGAGGCCUUCAUUCCCAGCUCUAGUUGAAGAAGUCACAGAAAGUUUGAAAGAUUAUAAAACAGAUGAUGAUAAAAGCGGAAAAGCGGAUUUUUCAAAUAUUGUUGAAGAAACUGAAAAUAAUAUAGUCAAUGGAACUUUCACAAACGUGACAGAGAAUGGUUAUGCUAAAAACAGGGAAGUUUUCAAUGUGGACAAUACAACUCUUGAUACUAGUCCUGAUGUAAAAGAUGCAUAUUUGUGUCCACCUGGAAGAAAUAAAAAUAUCGAUUGUGAUAUUUUUGAUAUUAAGUCGGAAACUUCGAAACAAGACUAUGAUAUUCAGAACGAAUAUCAUGGCAUCAAAAUAAUUGAAACUGCAUGUCAUAGUGAAACAGGGGGAAAACACACUGAAGAACAAAUAUCUCUUAAAACAAAUAUAACAAAUACAAAUAUAAACGACACAGACCAUGUUAUGAACGACGUUUCACCAAAAUCAACGAUGGUUACACGCAAGAAAAAAUUGUUGAAAAUAAAAAUAAUCGAUCCAGAUCAAAAUCAAAUAGGAAAUGAGUCAAAGACACAAUCUGUAUCAGACAUGGCGGAACUGGAACAAGAACCUGGCGAUUUUAAGCACGGUCAAGAAAAUUCUCUUCCCGAAGAUUUAAAUUUUGAUAACGACUCCAACGAAGGCAUCGUCUACAGAAUGUUUUCCGGCAUGCAAACUAUAUCUCUCGGACAAGGUCAGGGUCCAAUAGCAGCAAAGAUGAUAGAGUAUGCGAGAAUGCAUGGCACCUGGGUUGUCCUACAGAAUUGUCAUCUGGCAACCUCAUGGCUUCCUGAACUGAGGCGUAUUUGUGAAGAGGUUAUCACCGAUCAUGCUACCACUAAGCCAGAGUUUCGUCUUUGGCUGACAAGUUAUCCAUCGCCAAAGUUUCCAGUGCCAGUUCUACAGAAUAGUGUCAAGAUGACAAAUGAACCACCGAAAGGAUUAAGGGCAAAUUUGUUGAGAUCGUACAGAAAUGAUCCAGUUUCAGAUCCAUUGUUUUUCCAUGGAUGCAGAGCGGAAAAGGAAUGGAAACCACUUCUUCUUUCACUCUGCUUUUUCCACGCAAUCGUGCAAGAACGGCGAAAGUUUGGAGCUCUUGGAUGGAAUAUUCCAUACGAAUUCAAUGAAUCUGACUUGAGAAUAAGUGUUCGACAAACUCAAAUGUUUCUCAAUGAUUACAAUGAGGUCCCUUUUGUUGCUCUUAAUUACUUGAUAGGUGAAUGUAACUACGGCGGAAGAGUAACCGACAAUCGAGAUCGCAGAUUACUGAAGAGUUUAUUGGAGACAUUUCUUUGCAAAGAAGUGAUAGAAAACUCGGAAUAUAAGUUUUCUCCCAGUGGUUUGUACUAUGCUCCGACUUUCACCAAACAUCGAGAAUAUCUUGAAUUUAUCAAACAGCUACCUAUAAACACUCAUCCAGAGAUGUUUGGCUUACACGAAAACGCUGAUAUCUCAAAAGAUCAGCAGGAAACUCAACAAAUGUUCGACGGCAUAUUGUUGACAUUGCCGAGACAAAAUGAAGGCACCACUGCAACUCAGAAUCUUGUCGAGGAUCUUGCCUCUGACAUUUUAUCAAAGCUACCUACGGAUUUCGAUACGGAAGAAGUCAAGAAAAAAUAUCCAACAGAUUAUUCCGAGAGCAUGAAUACCGUUCUUGCUCAAGAAUUAAUCAGAUUCAACAAUCUCACACAAGUAGUCAGAAACAGUCUUCAAGAGUUAAAAAGAGCUUUGCGUGGUCUCGUUCUCAUGUCUGCAGAACUGGAAGAUGUGUUGGACAGUAUGCUUGUAGGCAAAGUACCCAUACUUUGGGCAGCAAAAUCAUAUCCUUCUCUAAAACCUCUGGGAAGCUACAUAACAGAUCUAAUAGCCAGACUGCAAUUUUUCAGAAGUUGGAUGAACGGUGGAAAACCAGACGUAUUUUGGAUUUCUGGAUUUUUCUUCACCCAGUCUUUCCUGACAGGAAUAUUGCAAAACUAUGCGAGAGAAAAUCGUAUCUCGAUCGAUAAACUCGAUUUCCGUUUUGAAGUACUAAGCAAUGAAAACGAUUCAGAAAAGGCAUCUGGUGUACGUGUGAAUGGUUUAUAUAUGGAAGGAGCGAGAUGGUGCAGAAAAGAACAAACAAUUACUGACAGCAAGAAAAAGAUUCUUUAUGAUGUUUUGCCAACCAUUUUAUUGCAACCGAGGAGAAUUGAAGAAAUAAAUAGUUCUGUAGAUUCAGAAUAUGAUUGCCCGGUUUAUAAAACAAGUGCGAGGCGGGGGCUGCUAUCAACAACUGGUCAUUCAACAAAUUACGUUUUGACGAUAAAAUUUCCGACGAAAGUUCCAACAAAACAUUGGGUGAAUCGAGGAGUUGCUUGUCUUUGCCAGCUUGAUGACUAACGAUAUAUAUUUCCUGGUUCAACCUACUU